AUGGACAUCCCACUUUCCGCUCGACAGCCCUUGAUGGAAGGUAGAGAGGAUCUCGAAAGCUCUACCAAUCGAGCCGGUGAUCGCUCGUCAAACGGCACUCACGGUAAACACACGAAAUGGAUGGAAAUACCUUUCCGUCGAAUUGCUCAUAUUCUCCUCGCUAUCAUCACACUUGCGGUCAUUAUCCUCACUGUCCUUGGAUCCCUCUUAGGUUAUCAUAAAUAUCGCCGAAUCGCUUUCCCUCAUCGUCAGGUCCACGCUUCCCCCGCUACAGCUAAGGACGGAUCAAGAGUUGUCAAACCCUACUUUGCCCCCAAGGACAAAGGCGGUGUAGAAACCGGCUGUCUCGUCAUGAAGAUAUGGUUCAGAGAGGGUAUAGCAUAUGAAGAGAUAUUAGAUCCCGCUUCCAACGAUUAUUGGAUCAAACAGCAGCUCUUGAUGGACCAAAUAAGCGGAAGGCGGCUUACAGGCGAACAAGGAUUUGUGGGUCCGGAACUUGGCAAGCAGGGUUCUUGGGAAGAAGUCUGGACAGGUUCAAUGGAUGACUUGGGUAUCGAAGAGAAGAGGACCACAACAUCUCGGGUUGUACUCCCCGGAAAAGUAAUACAUUCACUGGUGGUGAAUCACCGUUCCUCCCUUGUCGCGACAUUCGAACUACUCCCACAAACUUUGUCUAAUACUACGUCUUUAACUUAUCAUCACAAUACUACUCGUCCUGUAGCACACUAUGGUCCAUCUCAGCCGUGGCCUCUACCUUACUCACUAUCCGCUCCGCCCGCCACACCAGCAACUCUCAAUGCGUUCUUUGCGUACUCAAGUAUCGGGGCAAAUCUUUAUAUCCGUACAAGAGACUGGCGGUCAAUGGAAAUGGACAAUACUUUCGAUUUUCAAGCAGAAGAGAGAAAAGAGAUAUACGUUACCUUUUUGUCUACAAGAACAUGGAUCACCAUGGCUAGUGAUUACUCGGUAUACGGAGUUGAAGGAUUCGAAAGUGCUAUGAAUAGUUUAAGGGAAUUCAAGGAAACGUGUGCCAACGACAGAUUUUACUGGUUCGAUUGUUAUCGAAAGUUCGCGCGGGAUGGGCAUUUCGAGAAUCUACUUGAAGUGGACAAAAUCAAUGAGCGAAAGGAGUGGAGAUAUGGUCCGUUCCUCACCACAAGGCUGAGUCCGACUACUAUCAAAGACUACGUGGAACUACCAGCCGAGUCAAAAUUUUCUUCAUUAGAUCCUUCUAAAGUACAAGACUUUGCUUUCGACUGGCAAUUGACCUACUCAAGUUUGUCAGCUACUAAGCUGUCUCUCGCGAAGUUGUCGAUGGGCCCCAAUGUUUGGGAGCUUCUUUCCGAUGAUAGCCAGGCAGCUAGGACACAUGACGAUCAAGAACUCCACAGCGCAUUAUUGGGAUUAAGUUUUAACCCCGAUUCUCAUCCUAUGGCCAGAGGACUAGUGGGCAUUACAUCGACUGCUUUGCGAUGUCUGGCAAUCCCGUCUAUCUUACACUAUUGGACCACUCGACGUGUGUCGACGGGUAUUGCUCUUCUCACCCUUACUUUCCAGUCGAUCACAGACCUUGUCUACUAUAUCGUUACAACUGUUCUCAGCUUUGAAGAAAUGUCCAUCUUUUUCUUCGUAAUCGGCAUAAUCUGCUUCAUACUUAUAAUACUGAAACAACUACAUCUUUACUUCAAGGCAGAUGUUAGAUUGACUACUGUCAAACUACCAUCUGUAAACAUUGCAGUUCCAUUUCCGGUCGCUGUCCGAUUUCGGUUCGCCGCUGUAGAAGAAAAAACAAGUUAUGCUUCAGACGCCAAGUUUGAUUGGCGACUCCGAAUACUAAUUGUCGUAGGAACGUUCCUUAUCCUCGAGUUCGCCCCGCCACCUCCUGCCAUCGUCUCCGCAGCUAAAUACUCGGACGUUAUGCAAGGGUUUGGCGGCGCCAGACAUUGGGACGCCACAGCGAUCAAAGUAUUGCAUAUCUUCCAUGCUUUCCAAGGCUCAGUAUGGCUAGUCAGUCGCUUAAGUCAGAUCCACCUCAAUCAUCGAAAUAAAACUUUUGCAGGAUCAUACGGCAUCACGGCCUAUCUACUAUUCGCCUCUCUCUUAUUAUCUCAUAUCACCAAGGUGUUCGUCAGGUGGUUUGGUCGCGCUCAGCUCAUGCAGCCUCUGACAGUAUGGGAUAUUAUAACGGUCCUGGUCUCGGCUGUACUCGUCGUUCAAGCAAGACUUCUUCCGAAAGUUGCCCAGAGCGUCAACGAAACGUCAGACUAA